AUGCCUACUCCGACAGGAAAGGGAGGUAAAGCCAAUAAGGUGAAAUCAUCAGCAGUCCUCAAAAUAGAGUGGAUAAAAGGGACUAUUGCACAUCGUCUUUGUACUCAUACUCAAGGGAAGGUUGCUGCUUCUGUUACUGCUGCAGAGGGCAGUGGGGAGUUAGAUUCAGGAGUCCCGCCGGCCGGAACCUCCAAGACCUCGAAGCAGAAACAUGCAAAGCCUUAA